GUGCUGCUGCUUUCAUUGAAGAACUGAGGAGGUAUCAACCACGCGCAGAGCCUUUGCAGCAAACCAGUCCUACUGAACGGGGGUGAUAACGGUUAGUUGUUGAAAUACGACGACAUUUCCUCCCGGUUACUGACUGCGAGCCACCGACAACGGGCACAGUCUACCCCAGAUUCCCACUAGGAUCUUCUCUUCCCUGUUGGAGAACAGCUCCACCUCACACGCAGCCAUGGCAGAAGAGUCGGACAUGCGUAACGAGCUGUCGGACAUGCAGCAGCAGGCCGAUCAGCUGGCCGACGAGUCACUGGAGAGCACUCGUCGUAUGCUACAGCUGGUCGAAGAGAGUAAAGAUGCUGGCAUCAGGACUCUGGUCAUGCUGGACGAGCAAGGAGAGCAACUGGAGCGUAUCGAGGAAGGAAUGGACCAGAUCAAUAAGGACAUGAAGGAUGCAGAAAAGAAUUUGAACGAUCUAGGAAAAUUCUGUGGUCUUUGCUCCUGUCCAUGUAACAAGAUGAAGAGUGGGGGCAGUAAGGCCUGGGGGAACAACCAGGACGGCGUGGUGGCCAGCCAGCCCGCCCGUGUGGUCGACGAGCGCGAACAGAUGGCUAUCAGCGGAGGCUUCAUCCGCAGGGUAACAGACGAUGCCAGGGAAAAUGAGAUGGAUGAGAACCUGGAGCAGGUGGGCGGUAUCAUUGGCAAUCUGCGCCACAUGGCCCUGGACAUGGGCAACGAGAUUGACACCCAGAAUCGCCAGAUCGACAGGAUCAUGGAUAAGGCCGAUUCCAACAAGACCAGGAUCGAUGAAGCCAACCAGCGCGCCACAAAGAUGCUGGGCAGUGGCUAAGCUCCUGUCUCCUACACUGCUACAGCUUGCUGCCCAGUCAGUCGACAGGCGCAAACAUGCUUUUAUCAUCUGGUAUUUAUCUUCUAGGUUUGCACACAUGCACAUAUCACCUCCUCCAUUGUAAAUGUUGUUCUGUGUGUCGUCCGUCAGCUUUUUCAAUGAUUGUCCUCGUAAGAUUAUUUCUUAUACUCUGUAUAUCAUUCUUUCCAAAGGUUGUAUAUAGUGCUGACUCGAUGGUUAUAGCUCACUUGUUUUUAUCUUUAUCAAUAAAUAUAUAUAUCAUAUAUAAAAUAUAUAUCAUAUAUAUAUAUAAUAAAAGUACACUGCUGGAUGAUUAGUGUGAUGGGAAUGCUAAACAAGCUGUUUUUCCUUUUCAGUAUUUCAGUAUUGUCUUAGUAAAACUGUGUCAUACCAUUAGGCUACUGUCAUGAUCCUUAUUUUGAUGUUGUCAUGACGAAUGAAGAAGAGGAAUUAAAAGAACUACAAUGAUGAUAUAUUUCUCAAAAAGCACUUAACAAUCACUGUCUUCAGUUCAUUUUUCCUCACCGCAAUCAUAAUGAGUUUCUGUUUAACACUCUGUAGCUGUAAUAGACAUUGCAUUCCAAGUGAUGUGAAUUGUGCGUUCUGCAUGACAAAUGGUAGAUUUUAGAGUCUUAUAAAUAAAUCCUGUCUGAAAAAAAUUAUAAAAAAAUAUGUACCAUGGCAGCAGCAAAAUUGACAAAAAGCAUGCUUAGUAUUAGGACACAGUUGACCGUUCCAUAUUCCUGCAAGUUUGCAAUAGAGCCACUAUUUCUGUCUAUCUAUAUUCACAGACUGUGACCAUCGUUGUAAAAUAAUGCAAAAAUGUUCUAAAAGCAAGGAGAUUCAAAUGAAAAACGAGGGCGUGGCUGUUUCGCAAAAAAUGACCUGUUUUCUAAACGAAUAUGCAGUUCAGUAGAGAUAUUGAAGAUGUGAUGAGAGGUUGGGAUUGGUUGUGUUGUAACAUAGGAUUUGGAUGCUCUGAAAAAAAUAAACGUUUGCAAUGUAAAGCAAAAGACACAUAUUUCUGAGAAACCUUACUUUUAUAAGAAGACUGUAUUCCUGUUAGUUUACUCUCCCCACGUGUUGUUUAUUAUCGGUAAAAUAAUAAUAAUCAUGAUAAUAAUUAUACUCUGAAACAAAAAAUUACAUUACAAAAGGUUUUUUGUUGCUUCUGUACUUUAGAGCUAUGCACACCAAAUCGCCGAAAUGUUGAGUAGUUAGAAUUGUAGGACUAAAUACCUGAAUGACACAUAGGUUAAACUGUGAGAUUGAUGUCCUCAACGCAUGUAAUAUUAAAACUCCCUCUGUAUUCUGUCAGUUUGUGAAGUGGUGGACAUUUUGUAGCUAGCUGAAUUGAUUAAAAGUAAUAAAGCCUA